AUGGUAGGUGUAUCAUAUUUACAAGACGACGCGCACAAAAACGUUGGUAGGAGUGACAAGUCUUCUCCGCCACCUUCUGCAGUUGCAAAUGCGACUAGCCCUCACACACCUUCACUUCUUUCGACCUCGCAACCAAUGAUGAGGCGGGGAGACCUGGGUAAACAUCACAUAGUUGGCGGGGGCAAAACCUUUCGUUCGCGCAAGAUUGACUUCAAUAAGGAGAUCACGGUAUUGCUGGAAUCGGCAGAGCCAGAGGAGCAUCUUCUUCAAAUGCGAUCUGUCCCUCUCCUGUCGACCGGUGUUGAAAAGGAGGAAGAGGAUGAGGCCCAUUUGAAGGCCAUUCUUUCCAGUGCACCGACAUUUUCUCGAAUGGGCGGCGGUGAAGGGGCGCGAAUACCUGUACCAGAUUCUACAGAUGUAGGCCACUCUAUAUCUGGAGAGAUCUAUGAGCAAUUAUAUCCACCCACCGGAGAAGCCUUCAAGAAGGAUGAACGGUGGAAAACGCCACCACAACCACGGAUAUUGGAUGCCCUUCAUAACCCAUUUUACAGCAACCACGGUCCAGCAGGACUCUAUUGUCAGAAUAAUCUUCUCGGCUUUGGGUACGGCACAAGGGCACCCAUGACCCUGCUACCAUGUGAAGGGGAAACAAUUAAAGGGAGAACUCUUCCAUACGUCCCAUAUUGGGCUACCGGAGAUGAUCUUAUUUUCCUUACCAAAUUAACGCCUCGACUUGACAUUUCCACUUUUGAGAAGGUGAUGUGGGUGAUCGAGUCUAUUGCUCUGGUCUUUGGUCACGAUGGGGUCGUCAACAGCAAUUUUCUGACAACAAAACAGGCUGUUGUCUUUAUUGACAGAUGGCUGGACCCUUCUGAGCUGAAAAUUGCCCUUUCUUACCAAUCGGCCAUUUUUGAACAUUGGAAAAAGACCAGGGCGGCUAUUUCGCCGUCCUUGGUUGUGCCGCUUCUGCCUACGUUGAAGCUUGAGGAUCAACAAGGAAAAAUAGGCAACUCGUCCUCGUCAGGAUCCGCCAAUAGCAAUAUUGAUCCAUACGUCUGCUUUCGUAGGCGAGAAAUCAGGCAGCCUCGGAAAACGAGACGCGCCGAUUUGGAAGCUUUAACAAAGCUUUCGCGUUUACAGGAGCAAUUUGAGGACCUUCUUCUUCUUUUGCGGAUAUCCCUGCAACGUGAUCAGUUGAAAAAAAGUUUGCUUCUUGAGGGAACGCUAGUUUUUGGAAAUACGUUCACGCUAGAAAGUCUCAAGUCAAAGUAUGGAAUCCACGUACCGCCUAUUCAGAUCUCAGCUUCAGAAUCAUCGAAUCAUCGGCAUAUUGGCCAUCAUCAUGGACAGGGCUCUUUGAUAAGCUCUCAUGGACGAGCGGUAAUACAUAUUUCCGAUCUAAAUUUUAGAAGGUGCCGCGUACAAGCGUGUCUUAUGCCAAUAUUCUCACAAGAGCCGAUUUAG